GGAACAGCCCCGUUUUGUUCCUUGAUACCUAGGUGUCGGGUAACUGUAACUCAAGAUAGGCGGGUGGAAAACUAGAGAAAGAGCAAAGUGGGUGGAGAUUGAAAAAAAAAAAUGACGAGAGCAAGAAGGAGGGAGCCACAAUUACUGUAUUUUGAAGGAGCAGUUCGGACAGCAAGCUACUUGCAACAAGCCGCACAGGAGUGAAAGAAAAAUCCCUUCACUAGGUCUGCAGUGGUAUCGUUAUUUAGCAAAGAAGAGACAGCUCAAGACGUCUCCGCUCUUUGCUGUUUGGCUAAUGCUGUCAUGUGAUUGCCAUUGGCUUUUCUUCGUUUUUUUAAGGAGCCAAAGGCAGGGCUGAUAAUCAACCGCCGUUGCUUUUUCUGCUCUUUUUAUUCGAUCGGCUGAUUCCUUCUUAUUCAGUGUUUCCUCUCAAUCAUUUGCUAGCAAAUAUCAACGGGAAGGACUCCCAACACACGGACAGCGGGGGUCAGAAGGAAGACGUGGAGGACCUAGGUUACACCAGCAAUGCCGUUUCACUUUUAGUACUGGAAGAUUUAAAAUACACGGUUAGUCUCUGAAUUCCAAGUUUUAUGCUCUUUUAUUAAUCCCUUGUCGAUGUGGCAGGACGCUGGGAUCUGUUGGUCGAGCCUGCCGCCUCUCCUCUGGCUGUUAGUGUUCUAUUUGUAGGUAGGGAGAGAAUUGAAGGGGAGAUUUUUUUGCGCCUCCCAGCCUCUCUGGAUACAGUAUAUUUAUGUAUAUUUGAAAACAAAACAAAAAAAAAAACCCCCACAAAACAGCAAACAAAAUAUGAUGUCAGUUUGCUACAUGGAACUGGGUUCCCAAGUAACUGUGACCAUAAUGGGAUUGUGAAGGGGCAAACUGGAAGCAAGAACAGAGAUCAAAUCAAAAGCAAAUCCUCUUGGCAGAAGGGAUCUGUGCCGCAGCAGCGCAGUGUAUGCUGCCCAUUACUUUUUGAAGGUCUUUGGUGAGCCGAUAGCAUUGGGAGAGAAAUGCUCAAUAAACGAAGAGCAUCGGUGGAGGCUGGGCCCUUUAUCCAUGCUCAGAGCAGGACUACCUUUAUAAUUCUAGGGCUGCUGGCAGCCGUUGUCCAUGGCAACUGGCCCAAUGGGCAGGUGGAGGUAGUACAAGACUUGGGAAGCCAGUUGGAGGCUUCCAUGCAGUCGUCUUUGCUAACCGAAUUGCAGGAGACGGCAUCUGUGGGGAUGGUAGCGCCAGCCGGCAUCCCUGACUCAUCUGCUGUGGUGGGACGAGUCUUUCAGAUGAAGGUUCCUGUGGAAACAUUUGACACAACGAGCAGUAUAAUGAAGAUCACUGAAGCUGGGAAAGAGAGCUUGCCCUCUUGGCUAUACUGGGAUUCUGAGAGCCACACUUUGCAGGGCCUUCCUCUGGAAGUGGACAAAGGUGUCCAUUAUAUUGCAGCCUCUCUGCUGGAGCUUGUAGCGAACGGAAGCCACGUUCCUCGGAAGAGCGAUGUCUUCUCAAUUGAGGUUCACCCUGAAGAGCAUGCAGACAACGAUCCCAUGCAGAUUGCUGUUCAGUCUGUCAAUGAGGUUCAGCCUUUCAUCUGUGGAACUGAGGAGCCAGUGACCAUAUUGACCGUGAUCCUGGAUGCAGAUUUGACCAAAAUGACCUCUAAGCAACGAGUGGAGCUACUGGACAGAAUGAAGAGGUUCUCGGAGGUCAGGCUUCAUCACAUGAAGCUUCUGCCUGUUGUCAACAACAGAUUAUUUGACAUGUCUGCCUUCAUGGCAGGCCCUGGCAAUGCAAAAAAGGUGGUUGAAAAUGGGGCCUUAUUAUCCUGGAAACUGGGUUGUGCCCUGGACCAGAGUAAUGUCCCAGACAUAAGUAGUGUUGAAGCACCAGCUAAAGGUGGCACCAUGUCAGCACAGCUGGGGUAUCCUGUUGUCGGCUGGCAUAUUGCAAACAAGAAACCCCAUGUGCCCAAAAGGAUUCGGCGACAACUUUACGCAACACCCACGCCAGUAAUUGGGGUGCUUCCCCCAACUGCUGCCCCCCAGGAACCCCCAACCCGCAUUGUGCCAACCCCUACUUCUCCAUCAAUUGCUCCCAGUACUGAAAGUAUUGCCCCUCCAAUCAGGGGACCUGUCCCACUUCCAGGAAAGCCAACUGUUACCAUCAGAACUAGAGACCCUAUUGCCCACACCCCAACUUUGAUCCCAGUACAGCCCACUAGGGUAAUGGAUACCACCAGUACAGUACCCAUCCAGCCUACGGUGACCAGACCUGGUUAUGUAGAACCAACAGCUGUGGUCACACCACCAUCUGCAACCACCAAGAAACCCAGGAUAACUCCUGGAAGACCAAGAACCACCCCCACAACCACCACAUCUACUGCGACAAAGAAACCCAGGAAGGGCAAGACCCCUCGUCCACCUGCCACUACCAGAACUCCAAGUAUAAGGAUGGACACCACAACCCCAACCACACCCAGACGUACUACGUCUUCUGCUGUCCACCCUGGAGUGCGCAACAUACCGCCAGAGCUGAUGAACCAUAUUGACCGAGUAGAUGCAUGGAUUGGCACCUACUUUGAAGUGAAAAUCCCCUCUGACACCUUCUUUGAUGUGCAGGAUGGCACCACGGACAAGUUGAGACUAACCCUGAAACUGAAGCAGCAGGAGUUGGUGGGGGAGGGUUCCUGGGUCCAGUUCAACACGACCAGCCAGCUCUUAUAUGGUAUGCCUGACUUGUCUCAUGUGGGAGAGCAUGAAUAUUUUAUGCAUGCCACAGACAAGGGUGGUCUGAGUGCCGUUGAUGCAUUUGAGAUCCAUGUACGGCGCCAACCCCACAACUACAAGCCUCCUGUCCGCUUCACCGCUCGUUUCAGUGGUGAUCCACGAACAGUGGUCAACGAUAUUCACAAAAAGAUUCAGCUGGUCAAGAAACUAGCUUAUGCUUUUGGAGACCGCAACAGCAGCACAGUCACCCUGCAGAACAUCACCAAGGGCUCAAUUGUCGUGGAGUGGACCAACAAUAGUUUGCCUCAAGACCCCUGUCCCAAGGAACAGAUCCAGGCCCUGAGCAAGAGAAUUGCAGAUGGCCAAGGUAAGCCAAGCCACCUCUUCAGCAGCGCAAUGGAACCAGAGUUUCAGCCCAUCAACAUUACCGUUACAGGCACAGGCAGCUGCAAGAAUUAUAUGUUUGUACCAGCUGGUACAACUCCACCUAUGCCAGGGCCCACAGUUCCUCUCCAACCAAGAGACACUGGACGCCAGAGCACAGAUGAUGUCUAUCUUCACACUGUCAUCCCAGCUGUUGUGGUGGCGGCUAUUCUCCUUAUUGCUGGAAUCAUCGCAAUGAUCUGUUACCGUAAAAAGCGCAAGGGCAAACUGACCAUUGAGGACCAGGCCACCUUCAUCAAGAAAGGGGUGCCCAUUAUCUUUGCUGAUGAGCUAGAUGACUCCAAGCCUCCUCCGUCCUCCAGCAUGCCCCUCAUCCUGCAGGAGGAGAAGCCCCCACUGCCCCCUCCAGAGUACCCCAACAUGGCGAGCCCAGAAACAACCCCUCUAAACCAGGACCUCUUGGGAGAGUACACCCCGUUACGGGACGAGGAUCCCAACGCACCCCCCUAUCAGCCUCCCCCACCCUUCGCUGUUCCCAUGGAAGGAAAAGGCUCUCGUCCAAAGAACAUGACCCCCUACAGAUCACCCCCUCCCUACGUGCCGCCUUAACCUCUAAAGGAACCUCCGAGAGGAGGACGGGACUCUUUAGUUCCACGCCAGUGUUGUCUGUUGUGAAAGGGGGAGGGGGGGAUAAAAGGGAAGGUAGUAGCCUGCAAAUAUGAUUGCCGAACUGAACUUUAGCCUCUGCAAUGAAACACUGCAUUGAAGGAGAUUCACCCACCCCAGCGCUUUGUUUUUGUUUUUUUGAACUUGAUAUUGAACUCUCUGCCUAACCGCACUAUCGUCCUUUUUUUUAUCUUAUGACUUAUUUUCAAGUAAUACAAAAAAAAGAAUAAAAACCAAACAUGGCAGCCUCAAAGGUUUGUUAGGGAGGUGAGGGGGUAAAAAAACAAAGAGCAGAAUAUGAACAACCAACACAACCUUGGAGGGGACUUGAACAAACCUGCAGACAGCACUGGGGCUGGCGUUUUUGAUUCAAUAAGAUAUGCCUUUAACACUAAUUGUACAGUUUUUAUCCUUUAUUCACAUGUCUAGCAAAAAGAAGCAUAACAAGAGGUAGCCUAAAAGAAAAUAAAAAAAAAAAAAAAAAAAAAAAAGUUUUUGUUUUAUUUUCUUUCAUUUAGUCCACAGUAUAUCUAAACUUGUUCUGCUAGACAUGCGUACUGCCACACCAAAAUAGCCUGCAGGAACUUUUAACAAAUCCUGGUUUAAAAACUUAAAUCUUUGCCAAUAAUUGAUUUAGACUCCAUACAAACUGGAUGGCUCGCUAAAACAGGUAGCUUGAUUUGUUGUCUGUAGAAGCCAGUUUGAGGUUGAAAGGGUAAGCUCAUUUGUGUAUUGUUUUUUGCUCGAGCAGUUUAGAGGUCCUUUUAAUUCUAUCAAAAGGAUGUCUUGUAGGUAUGAGAAUUUUAGACUUUUUAAAACGGAUAAACGACAGCGAGGAAGAGGCUGAUUGACGCUUCCAGGCAGUUCUGUGGAAAAUUAUAUUUUUCUGAUAUUCCACUGCGAUUUUGGUAGAAAUGAUUGCCUACAAAUAUAAGAUUGAAAAGUCAUAGUAGCCUUCUAUACUCCUUUACCUAGAAAAUUUCUCAAUAACUGCAAUUGUGUGAUUUUUGGAUUCUAACCAUACCUAUUUGUAUUUUAAUUGGCAUCGUGGUGUUAGAAAUCUUCAUCAAGUCCUGCAGUUUAUUUUGGUUGAGGUGUGAUUAUUUGUAGGUACAUGUAGUAAUGCUCUUUUUCUCACAUUUAAAAACCAGUGCAGUAGUAAUAUAAAUAAAAAAUAAUGUGUACAAUCCACAGCUCUGAAAUCAUAAUGGUUCAAGGCAUAUGAUGAAACAACGGAGCAAAUGGAGCAAAAUGGGUGUCUCAGUAGAUUAAAUCAUCAAAAUAAAUUUCAAUCAAAUUUUUUUUACUAAAUUGAUCAGCUUCCGAUUUGUUUAAUGUAUAUAAAACGGCGUGCAGUAAUUUGUAAAAGCUGAGCUUCGUAGAAAAUUGAUUCAGAUUGUUUUUCCUUAUAGGUCACCUUUUUCAAUUUUAGAGAAUUUAAUUUUUUAACUGCCUUUUAAAAGACAUGUAUUCUUAAUGCUAUAAUAUAUAUAUAUAUAUAUAUAUAUAUAUAUAUAUAUAUAUAUAUAUCUAUAUAUAUAUAUAUAUCAUAAUCACUGUUUUAGUAUGUUCUCACCUUUUGGACUUCAUCCUUCACCCAGCUGUCAUCUGGUCUAUAUCAUGUCAAGCAUGUUUAUUUUAAUUUGUUCAGUGUGUUCUGGGGGAAAACAGAAUUACUGUAAAAAAAUGUGUUUAAAUCUGGGGAGUAACCCUUUGCAAUAAUGUUCUGUGCUGUGCAGUUCUGAAUGGCGUGCUCACAAAGCCAUACUAGAUCGUGCUUCAUGCUGAGAAAAUGUUUGUGUGAGUGCUCUAGCAAGGCUUUUGGACUGUCGCUAACCUUUACUGUCUAUGAAAGAUUCAAUAACUUGCCAAGCAAUUGAACUGGUUUACUUGAUGACAGGUUGGUGUUCUUUUUGCCCUUUGGUAAAAAUAUAUAUUUUUGUUUUUGCAUUCCUCCUAGCUGCUUAGACUGGGGGGGGGGGGGGGGGGGGGAGUGCACGCACCAGACUAUUUUUUUGUUUUUUUAUUCACUCCAUAUUCUCCUUACUUGUACGUUUGUACACAAACAUUUGACAUAUCUAAGCAUUAUGCUCAAUUUGGAGUAUUUGCAAAUGUGUGUGGUUUUUUUAAUUUUUUUUUUAAAUUAUUAUUCCACCCUAUUUCUAGUCUUUGAACUGUAAAUCUGACAAUUACACCACCUCCAAAACAAACAGCUGUGUUUGGCCAAGCCAUUUAAUCUAGUCCUCUGGUUUCCUAGACAUUUCUUUUGAAUUUGUUUUCAUCCCAAGAAGAAAUUGCAUACUGCCAGCAGUUCUAGAUAUCUAUGUGUGUGUGUAUAUUGCAUUUCUCUGAGAGAAACCAGUGUUGGUGCUAAUUUCUAUUUGUACCAAUUGUUUUGCUGGUCUGUUAAUUUUUGCCUAUAAAGGAAAUAAUUGCUGUGUGUUUUUGGGUUGUGUGUUGUUGUGUUUUUUUUUUGUUUUUUUUUUGCCAAUAUUAAAUGUAAAGGGUAUGGCUUGUGUCCAGACAUCCCAUUAGCCUUAUGUCCACCACUCUGCUGCAUUUUAAUAAGUGGUGGCCAUCUUUUAAAUCUGUGUUGGUGGCAGGCAUAUUGGUUCUUUUUAAAUCGGUCCUUGUAAAAUGACUAGGGGGAGUUUUUAUAUUGGACAUAUUUUGAAAAAUAAAAUAAUAAAUCAUUAA